AUGGCUGGUGGAACUGGAGGGCGAUUUCAAGUCAGUGCAACAAUAGUCGCAGGCGUCGCCUCACUGGCAGCGACUCUGCUCUCAAUAGUUUCUGUAUGGCUUCAACUCAAAAACUACCGAAAACCGCUCCUGCAGCGAUAUGUCGUCCGGAUCCUGUUGAUGGUCCCAAUCUACUCCUUGUCGUCAUGGGUUAGUAUGGUAUCGACUACUGCAGCGCAGUUCUUGGACCCCAUACGAGACAUCUAUGAGGCCUUUACCAUAUACACCUUCUUCCAGCUCUUAAUCAACUAUAUGCAUGGCGAGCGAGCUCUAAUUAUCAUGACACAUGGCCGCGCCCCUGUUCAUCACCUGUGGCCACUGAACCAUGUCCUGCCGAAAGUCGACAUAUCCGAUCCCUACACCUUUCUUGCAAUAAAAAGAGGAAUCUUGCAGUAUGCUUGGCUCAAACCAAUAUUGGCCCUUGCGGCUAUCAUUAUGAAGGCAACAGGUGUGUACCAGGAAGGUUAUAUCGGUCCGACCUCAGGAUAUCUGUGGAGCGGCAUCAUCUACAAUAUCAGCGUCACUGUCAGUCUCUACUCGCUUGGGCUCUUUUGGGUCUGCAUGCACAACGACUUGUUACCCUUCCGGCCCGUGCCAAAGUUCCUGUGCAUCAAGCUCAUUAUUUUCGCCUCAUACUGGCAAGGCUUCUUUCUAUCAAUCCUUGUUUGGCUCGGCGCCAUACCAGAUAAUGUGGAAGGCUACACCUCGGAUAAUUUGGCAGCAGCCAUCCAAGAUGCGUUGAUUUGCUGCGAGAUGCCAAUAUUCGCUGUUGCACAUUGGUACGCCUUUUCAUGGCACGACUUUGCCGACAACACGAUUUCAGCUGCUAGAAUGCCCGUCAAAUACGCGGCACGUGACGCCUUUGGCGUUGUCGACCUGAUCGAGGACUCAAAGGAGACAUUCAGAGGCGACAAGUAUAGCUACCGUGUCUUUGACUCCAGUGGUAAAGUCAUUGCCCACGAGGAUUCCAGCUCCCGUUUUGCGCGGCUGAAGCAGGGAAUGCGUUACAAGCGUGGGGGAGAGGCCAAGUAUUGGAUCCCUCGACCAGAGGAGGUACGAGGCGAAUUGAGUGCAAACACUCCACUGCUCAAUUCCAAUGGAGGACCAAGCGGCACAAAUCCAAAAUAUAGCGAGGGUGACACUGAUGAAACAACUUUGGACGCCAAUGACGAAGAUCUCUUCAACAAGGCGCGGGAGCUGGAGUUUGGUGAUUGGAAUUACCCCGUUGUGACGGCAAAUAUACCUGCACGGGAGCGUUGGGUGGGACACACGUCGAUCUCUCAGAACCCGUCUGGGUCGUGGAAUGCCGCCCCCGAUAGUCGCCCACAAGCACGCUCAACCUCGAGCACCGACACACUUAGCAAAACUCUGAACAAAGGGAAGGAAAAGGAAAGACGCAAGAAGGGCUCUUUUGAUGUGCCAUCCGCUGGCAGCGCUGCUCCUGUGCCCAAACCUGCGGCAAAGGAGCAAGAGGAAGCUCAGAAGCAGGGACCAUUAGGUGCACCUGUUUUGUCAACCUCUGAUCCGCAAAUCCUCUUGGAGGAAGCCGAGGAAGAGGAGGACGACACUUUUGAAAUAGGCAAGCCUACUCCUGAUGAACAUACGCCCGAGGUGGACGAGUCUAGGCAGUGGCUCGAGGAAACAAACCACGCUCCUAAAGCCACGAGUCCCUUGUACGGCAGUGAAAAUGAGGAGGAAUUCUCAAAUCCUUGGGGCAAAUAG